AUGAGGAGCACGGCGAACCUGUUCGUCCUUUGGGGCAUUUCGGCAUGCUCUACUGUUUUAGCUGCCUCAGAUGAGGCGUCGUCACGGCCUCGAGGCGUGGGUCCUGAAUUUGCCAAAUUCUACAAGGACACGACCACAUUCAGCUGUAUUUCCCACCCAGCCAUCAAGAUACCCUUCUCGGCGGUCAACGACGACUAUUGUGACUGCCCCGACGGCAGCGACGAGCCAGGCACAUCAGCAUGCUCACAUCUUUCUCGUCUAUCGCCAUCCACACCUGCUGAUCAUCCUGCCAACGAUGAUAUUGACCUCACUCCUGCGUUACCGGGUUUUUAUUGCAAAAACAAAGGCCACAUUCCUGCAUAUAUCCCCUUCCAAAGGGUAAACGAUGGAGUUUGCGACUACGAAAUCUGCUGCGACGGUAGCGAUGAAUGGGCUCAUGCAGGGGGCACUAAAUGUGAAGAUCGAUGCAAAGAGAUUGGCAAGGCGUGGCGCAAAUCCGAGGAAGCAAGGCAAAAGUCCUUAAACUCGGCUUUGAGGAAGAAGAAAGAGUUGGUGGCAGAGGCUGGCCGGCUGACCAAAGAGAUCGAAGAGCGUAUCGUCGAUCUCGAGGCGGAGGUCCAAGCAGAAGAGGUCAAAAUCCAGGCUAUGGAAACCGAGCUUGAGAAGCUAGAGAAAGAAGACCGAGGAAGAGUCGUCAAGGGUACCAAGAAAGGCAAGGUGGGUAUUUUGGCCGGGCUGGCAAAGGCGCGCGUGAACGAGCUUCGGGAAGCCCUAGGCGAAGUUCGUCAGCAGAGAGAUGAUAGCCGUGCGCGAGUCAAAGAGCUUGAAGAGAUCCUGUCGAAGUUCAAGGUCGAAUAUAACCCUAAUUUCAACGACGAGGGCGUGAAGCGUGCUGUUCGUAGCUGGGAAGACUACGCAGCCAAAGAAACUGCGGGUGACGACCCAGCGAAUGCUGCAAAGGACCGCGACUUGGAUGAAAUUGCCAAAGCAGAUAGCGAAACCACUGGAAUUGAUUGGGUUCAUUGGGAGAAUCAGGAUGACGGCGAGAUUGAUAUUGUAUACAAAUUACUGGCCUACUUCCCCCCAGUAGUUGUUGAAUUCAUCGAGGAAAAAUAUAAUAACUUCAAGCGAUUCCUCAUUGACAACAACAUCAUCCCUGGAUCUGACGAUUCCGCAACCGAAUCAAAAGCAGUGAAGGAAGCCAGAGAUGCAUUAAAGGCUCAGAAGGCGGUUCGUGAUGGGGCGCUGAAAUCGAUCAGGGAUCACAAGGCCGAUCUUGAAAAAGAUUACGGCGCCGAUGGCAUCUUCCGAACAUUCAAGGACGUGUGUAUCCAACGGGACUCGGGAGAAUACACCUACGAGCACUGCUUCCUCGCUCACACUAAGCAAAUCCCUAAGAAGGGCGGUGCUAGUGUGACCAUGGGAAAAUUCCGCUCCAUCGAAUCAGUCUCGGUUGACGAAGCUAAUACUGCAGGUGAAAUAUACCAAGUGCAGAAAUCAGCCCUGCAGUACGAUAACGGGCAGAAGUGUUGGAACGGGCCAUCUCGAUCGACCACUGUGAUCCUUGAAUGUGGCGAAGAGAAUGAGAUUCUCAAAGUCAUGGAGGAUGAGAAAUGUAUCUACUCCAUGGUCGUCACUACGCCUGCUGUUUGCGGCGAGACAGUGAAAGUGGCGGAAAAGAAGGUCGGAAAGGAUGAGCUUUGA